CACAGCAAGUCACAAGUCACAGCUCCAACCUCUCUCCUCCAUCUCCUGCAUCAUCAUCUCCUUCUUCUUCUCCAUCUUCUUCUUCUGAUGACAGCGAGAGAGAGAGAGAGAACCAGAGACCUUGCUUCUUCUUCUUCUUCUUCUUCUUCUUACCUGACUCUCUUCACUCCCAUCUCACCAUCCCCGGAUCAGUAUCUCUUCUUGGAAAUGCUCUGAUAGUCUUUUCUCUCUCUCUUUCUCACAUCUGUUCCCCGCAUGCUCCGAGUCUGACCAGAGAGAAACGCAAGAAGACAUGGCGUCUUCGUCUGACCCCAUCGCGAGCCUCGACGCCCCCGGCUUCCGGCCCCCCUCCGUCGACCCCGGCUGGGUCCUCUCCCGCGACGCCGAGGCCCUCACCAAGUCCCUCCUCCGAUCCCUCUCCGAGCCCCAAGCGCUCGCCGCCGCGACGCCGGGCGCGGGCGCCUUCUUCUUCGACCCCGAAGCGACGGCGCCCGCCUCGAGCUUCGACCCGGAGACGGCGGCGCGGAAGCGACCCCGGGCAGCGGGCCCUUCCCGCAAGAAGCGCAAGUCGCGGUCCUCGAACCGGUCCCAGACGACGUUCAUCGCGGCGGACGCGGCCAACUUCCGCCGGAUGGUGCAGCAGGUGACCGGCGUCAAGCUCGGCGGGCCCCACGGCCUCGGCCCGCCGGUGACGAGGCCGGAGCCGCAGCCGCAGCAGAGGGCCGGUUGCCGUUUCCCCGUCGGCGGAGGCCUGCUGCCGAAUCUGGACACGCCGCCGUCGUUCUUGGUCGGUGGCGUCGGAGGCGGUGGUGCCGAGGGCCCGCUCUGUUUCCCGGCGGCGGCGGUGGCAGAGGGGGGCGGCGCCGGUGGGCUGGGCUUUGACUCGUAUGCGUGCUUUCCCACUCUGGACUCGUGGAAACUCAUCUGAUCAAGAUCGAUAGCGCUUUUGUUUCUUACUUUCUGUCCUUAUCCUAUGUACUAGGCUGCUGAUAAUAUGUUGGGCGCUAGAAAUGAAGAUUAUGGAAUGUUAAUGUCAUCUGGAGAAAGCGUAUAUAUUUCAGGACUUCGUAUGGAUAGCCACAGCAUAUGUAAUUGGUGAGUGAUUAGUCAUAUGAUUUAGUAGGGAAGAUCAUUUGAGUUUAGUAAAUAUAAUCUCAGCACUCAAUUCUCCA